AAGCUCUCAAUAGUCAAUACUCACAUACCCCAUAAAUACCCCUUCCUCUUCCACGCUUCUCACCACAAGUUUAAUUAAUCAAUCAACAUCCCUUUCUCUUCUGCCAUAUUCUUUCACAGUUCCCAUGGCCAAGGACGUUGAAGUUGGAGGACAAGGCAGUGGGUUCCAAGCCAAGGACUACAGCGACCCCCCACCUGCACCAUUGAUCGAUGCUGAGGAGUUUACUCAAUGGUCCUUUUAUAGAGCUAUCAUUGCUGAGUUCAUAGCAACUCUUUUGUUUUUGUACAUCACUGUUUUGACUGUGAUUGGUUACAAGAGCCAGACUGACCCUGCCAAGAACGCCGAUGCAUGUGGCGGUGUUGGGAUUCUCGGUAUCGCCUGGGCCUUCGGGGGUAUGAUCUUCAUUCUUGUUUACUGCACUGCUGGUAUCUCAGGUGGGCAUAUAAACCCUGCUGUGACUUUUGGGCUAUUUUUGGCGAGGAAGGUGUCUCUGGUGCGAGCUAUAUUGUACAUGGCAGCUCAGUGUUUGGGAGCCAUAUGUGGAUGUGGGCUCGUGAAGGCCUUUCAAAAGGCUUAUUACACUAGGUAUGGUGGUGGAGCCAAUGAGCUUGCUGAUGGGUACAGCAAGGGCACUGGAUUAGGAGCUGAGAUCAUUGGUACUUUUGUUCUUGUCUACACUGUAUUUUCUGCUACUGAUCCCAAAAGGAAUGCCAGAGACUCCCAUGUCCCUGUCUUGGCUCCACUCCCAAUUGGAUUUGCUGUGUUCAUGGUUCAUCUGGCCACAAUUCCAGUCACUGGCACUGGCAUCAACCCAGCUAGGAGCUUUGGAGCUGCUGUGAUCUACAACCAGGACAAGGCCUGGGAUGACCAAUGGAUUUUCUGGGUUGGGCCUUUCAUUGGUGCUGCAAUUGCUGCACUCUACCACCAAUACAUCUUGAGAGCAGGUGCUGUUAAAGCUCUAGGAUCUUUCAGGAGCACUUCCAACAUAUAAUUGAGAGAAAGAAAUCCCUCUAUUCAACAGAGGCUGUUGAGAGUUUCUUGAGGCUUUGGGAACUUGGAAUAUGUACAUUUAUUUUGUAUCUUUGUGUGCUUGCUUCUUGGGCACUUGCUUUUAUUUGUGCCCAAAAUGCUCUUUCCAUUCUAUUUUCUUUUUUUGUUUUUGCCCUUUUAUGGCCCUGUACUCAUUAUGAUGUUGAUAAAUUUAUGGGCAACUGCUUUGUGUCAUU